AUGACGAAAGAGCUCGCCGGAGAAGACAACCGGCAGAGCUGGGUAAACCGGCCAAGAAUCGCCGGCGAGAACAACGAAGAGCCGCGACGCCGCAAAGACCCAGCCUUGAUCGCCGAAGAAAAGCAGCGACCAAGCCGAAAUCGCCGGCGAAAACCCAGCCGCGAUCGCGAUCAGAGAAGAACCCGGCGAUUCAAAAGCUCGCCGGAAGAAAACGGCGAUUCAGAAAUUCGCCGGAAGGAAACGCAAUCCAGAAAAAUCAGCGAAGAACAGCGACCCAUCGCGACCCAACCGAGAUCUGAAACAGAACCAGUAGAAAUCCAGCCAAAAUCGCUAGAGAACGACGUUUCGUAUUCUGGCCAGAAAGAUCCAUUUGAUCACCGGAAAGACGAUCAGAUGGUGCGACCAAAGAAGAACAGAACAGACGCGAUCAGAAAAGAACAGUGUCCUAGCCGAGAUCGCAACGCCGAAAAAAUAAAGGCCGAAACAGCCUUGAUUGCCGAAGAGCGACCCAGAUUCGACGAAGAACAGCGAACAGAUACGACGAGUGAAGAGAACAAGAGAACAGCGGGAGAUUUCGGUUCGUGUUCCACUCGAACGCCAGGAAGAAAAUUGGGUGAAGAAAUUUAUGGGGAGGAAUAG